AGGUCACCCCUGCCAGCUAACCAGUCAGUCAAGUCAGCUUCACUUUUUUUGUAUUGACCAAGCAAUAACAUAUGCCAUAUUAGUAGUAACAGUAUUGUAUAUUAUAUUUGGUACAUAUCACGAUGAUGGUAAUCAUCUGUGAUUAUCAGUAUGAGUUUAUAAUAAUCAUGUUGUACCCAUGACUAACUGGUUACUUAGCCUGAGUUACACCCGUAAGAAUCAAUGCCUUACUGCUGUACAAAGGAGUACGUCAGUGUUUAUACCUUUUUUGCCCGUCGACCAAACACCUUAGGUAAAUAAACUAUUAUAUACAGUAUAAUCAGACACAAUGUGUGUGUAUGCAUGUGUGAGUAGUGGCUCGGAUGGACACGUGUGGCCUGACGUUCCAUUUCCUGCAGAAUCGACCCCUUAAGUUUGUCCUGCAGAGGCCACCGUAGCAGCAAGUCAGUAGUAGUUGCCGGUUGUAGCGGUUUCAGCUGUUAGCCCGGAAACGAGUCGUUUGUUGAUUCUUGUGUUCCCAUGCCAUGGCGGUGCUCCUUGGUGUUUUGUGCGGACUUUGUCUCGUAAUCGCGCUCUUCGCUGUGCGGCUCCUCGCUGUGUUGCGGAGCGGGCCGCGGUGCAGACCUGGGGCGAAGGGCUCGGUCAGCGUGCUUGCUGUUGCCGGAUCAGGAGGCCACACUACAGAGAUCCUGCGUUUGAUGGAAAGUCUCUCGGCGUCCUACAGCCCCCGGCACUACGUCAUAGCUGACACAGACCACAUGAGUGAAGACAAGAUCUGCACGCUGGAAGCUGCGAAAAAUACAUCAGACCUGCAGAAAAAUUUCACCAUUCACCAUAUUCCGAGGAGCCGUGAGGUUCGGCAGGCCUGGAGCUCAUCGGUGUUGAGUACUGCCAAUGCCCUCCUCUAUUCUGUGCCUCUGGUCUUCAGACUUCGACCUGACAUGGUGCUGUGCAACGGCCCAGGGACGUGCGUCCCACUGUGUGUGGCGGCGUUGUUCCUCGGGCUCCUAGGGCUGAAGAAGGUACUGAUUGUCUAUGUGGAGAGCAUCUGCCGAGUGGAGACCCUCUCUCUGUCCGGGAAGAUCCUCUACUAUUUGUCUGACUACUUCUUCGUGCAGUGGUCGACCCUAAAGGACAAAUACCCCGGGUCAAUCUAUAUGGGGAGAAUAGUAUGACCCCGAGCGGCAGGAAUAAAUUUGUAGUUUUUAUUUCUUUCCUUGCCAAGGAAUGAACUACUGUGACCAGACAGAUGUCCUGUUUUUGAUUGAAAGCAUUUCUCUAGAAAUAAUGCUUCUCCCUUCAACAGUAAAGUAUUGAUAUCAGAAACUGAGCAGUUACAUGUUGCAAUAAUUGUUGAACAAUCUGUGCUCAAAGAAAGAAAAGUUACUCAAAAGGCAUUUUGUGUAAAAUUACAGUAUUGGGAAUUACGUAAGAACCUCUAGAAAGAUGUCGUAUCACUUGCCUUUUUUGCUGUAUUUUAAAACUGCAGGGUGGACAUCCUUGUUGAAGCCACAUUUGGCUGCUUCUGUGUGAGUAGCAGGAGGUGUGGUGGUUAGAGCUUUCACCUUGUAAUGUGAAGGUUUUUGAUUGAAUCCCCAACUCCUGCUGUUGUACCCUUGAUAGGGAUACUUACCCAGAAUCAACGCAGGAAGAAUAAUGUGCUGUAUAAAUGGGUAAGUCAUUGUCAAGUUAUCUAAUGCUUGCAAAAAGAUUAUUAUUUUUAUUAUUAUUAUAUAGUACUAUUCUGUUGCAGCAUACGGUAUUUCUAAUCAUCACAUAAUUUUACUGAAGUAGCCAGCAUUCAGUGAGAAACCACCAGUUGUAGGCUCAAGAACUGAAACACAUUCACUGCAGCAGUUCCCCAUGUUUGUCAUUACAGGAUGAGGAUUUUUGCCAAGGAUUUCCAUUGUGUAAGGCUUCCUGUCUGUGGACACUGCAGUCCCUUGAUAGUUGUGCUAAAAAGAAAGGAAAUGCAUAGAAUUAAAUGCAUAGAAUUGUUCUGUUAGUAAGGAAAAGCACAAUAUUUUGCACAGACUGGUUAUUUUUAGACUCUCUAUCUUAAACUCAGUUUAAACCAUAAACAUGAUGUGUCUUAUUUGGUCGAGGUUAUGUACUGUAGGCAAAGAUUUAAAACUUGGUGCUGGGUGGUAUGAUGUAAUAUUUCCUUCAUUGCCCAGUUUAAUGAUGUCUUUCAGUUUUUCUUUUGUUACUCUUGGCAAAAUAUCUCCAUAUAACCCCAGCUGCAGAGCAGCACAAAAAUGUAAGGAACAAAGAGGAAAGAAUGAAAUCCUCUGCAGAUUUGUAGCUUCAAAGACAGUACCCAUGGUACCAGUACUGUGCUUUUGGCAUAUCUGAUACUUACUGCUCUUAAGUGCAAGUCAAACAUGUUAAUGCUGAGUUAAACACUUUGCUGGUGCUUCUCCCACACUGUUUGGAGAGCUGUGAUUGUGCCCAGUGGCACAUACAGAUGUUACUUUAUGAGCCAGUGCUGUAACAUUUCUGCAUCAUGGGGUAUGUGCUCAUUUUUAAACCCGUGACCCAAGUCCAUGAGGUUCAGCUCAAGAGAGAAAUAGAUUGUAGGCAUGGUGGAAAUGUUGCGUCAGUGGGAAUGACAUGACGAGCUGCAGAGUACGUGGAUGUGGUCCAAAACGGAAGGGAAAGCCAUUUAACAAGUGUGUUGUAUGCACAGAUCUCACUGAAAGUCUAAUAAAAGCUUAGCUCUUAGUCUGCAGAGUCUUAGAAUAUGUUACUACUUAGAGAAAAGCCAGAGCAUUGUUUCUGCUUUGUUGACAAAUGUGUUUUUAUCUGCUUCAAGUUGGCCCGUUGCAAAUCUGACAGCCAAGAUGGACAGAAGAAAACCUCAUCAAAGUCCAAAAUCCUAAGUGAGGAAAUAAUGCUAUAACACCGAGUGACGGAAUAUUAAUUGUUUUUGAACUUCAUACAGAAGGUUCUGUUUUCUGUUACUUUGCAGUAAUUGUAGCUAUCAUGAGGAUUUAAAAAAAAA